UCUGUGUUUUCUCCUUCAGCGCGCACGGUCACACCCUUCGUUAAGCAUAGAAAAUAAACAAAAAGCUCUGCGGAAAUUAUGUUUUCACGAUAAUAACCAACACAUUUGUGCUGGCGCAAGUGUGUGCUGGAAAAUCCAACCCCCCGGGUAUCGCGAAACCGCACCAGGACGUGGAAGUUUGCCGCGGAAACGGCUAUUGCGUAUUCCGCACCACGGACACGGAAGCAGCAGCAACAACAACAUUGUAAAAGUUCACUGUCGCUUCGGCGAUGGCCACGGCACCGCGUUCCCUGGACACCAUCUCCCUGUGCUCCACCGUCUCCAGUUGCCCGGAUCGGAAUGGCUUUUACGGUGGUUUCCAGCGCACAGACAAGCCCAAGGAGCCGCUGUCCAAGGCACAGAUCAUAGCCAGGGAAAAGAAAUGGCUCUACAUGAUUGAGAACUGGUCCACAUACAUGUCCAAGAACUACAAGAAGAUCCGUGAUCGCUGUCGCAAGGGCAUACCAAAAUCGGUGCGGCCCAAGGCCUGGUUCUAUUUAUCCGGGGCGUAUCUGCUGAAAAAGAAAAACCCCAAUGUCUACAGCGAACUGCUGGAGAAGCCCGGCAAUCCCACGACCAUCGAGGAGAUCAAAAAGGACAAGCAUCGUCAGUUUCCCUUCCACGAAAUGUUCCUCGACGAGCAGAAAGUCGGACAGAUUGAACUCUUCAAUGUGCUCAAAGCCUACUCGAUUUACAACCCGAAGGUGGGCUUCUGCCAGGCGCAGGCACCGAUAGCAGCCUUUCUAUUGAUGCACCUGCCCGCAGAGGAUGCCUUCUGGGUGUUUGUCAGUGUUUGUGAUGUUUACCUACAGGACUACUUCAUACCCGGCCUGGAGGUGAUCCAGAACGAUGCCGGCAUCCUGGAGGGCCUUCUGAAGAAGACCUGCCCGCCCGUAUAUCGUCACCUGCAGAAGCACAAAGUGGAACCCCUGCUCUACAUGACCGAUUGGUUCCUCUGCGCAAUGACCCGAACCCUGCCCUGGGAGACGCUCCUGCGCGUAUGGGAUUGCUUUCUGGCCGAGGGCAUACGGGUGAUCUUUAAGGUGGCCCUGGUCAUCAUCGGAGCCUCGCUAAGUCGGCACAAGGUGCGCAAGACGUGCACAGGUCUGUGCGAAACACUGGAAGUGCUACGUUCGCCGGAGGAGCACAUUGUCGAGGAGGAAUUCAUCAUCAAUAACAUGAUGCGUCUGAACCUGCGUGUCGAGGACUUUCAGAUCGAGCAUACGCGUCAGAAGGCGCGUCGGGCCAAGCAGAAGGCGCAACAGGAGGCAGAGUCCGGCGGACAUCGACGCAAUAUGCCAACCCUGUGAGAGGGUUAGCAGCUACUACUACUUUAACAAAUUGUUACUAAACACACAAACACAACAAUGUGCAUUGAGUUGCAUAAGAUUUUUACGUUUACAAUCGAAUAGGAGAAGAAGGCGAAAGAUCGUGCACAAAGCGGAGGCGAGGCGAGUCGAGUGACCGGAACUGCUUUAGACAGUUUACGCGGUCAGUCAAUUACGGAGACAUCAUUCCAAGCAAUCAGUUUGUCUAAUUUUAAGCCAAUUCUUUUGUUGAGCACAUUUGGGGCUGGACUUGUAUCUGUAUUCGUAUUCGUAUUAUUCAUUUAGUGGCAAUUAUUAUGAGCGUGCAAUUUGUUUAUGCUUUUCAAAAGUA